UCCACUUCCCGCAAACAUGAUCUUGGGAAAGCAACGUUCGAUAUACAAUAUCCGACCGGAAGUCGAGGAACACGAGUACCGAUCUUAUCGCAGCUCAUCGGAUUUUAUCAGAAAAUUCAUUGAACUGGCAAUUAUAAACGCACUUAAGAUAAUCGAUAAUCUGGGUGAGCUUGUCUCGGACGAGGAAACGGGCAUUAGUAAACGAAAAUUAGGCGUGUAUGGUAAUUGGUGGGCGACGUGUGACUCUUUUAACGCACGCAACGGCUUGAAAAGUGUGGUCAGAGAAAUGCAAUCAUGGAACGCGAUACCAGUAAUACUUCAUAUUCUCUUGAACGAUUACACGUCGGCAUCUUGGGAAUAUUUUUACACAGCUUUCCUACAGGCUUUGAAGGACUGGAUGUUCCAUGUAAACUUCAUUGGCCUUCAAUAUAAAAGCAAUGUCGAGAUUUAUACGUAUCAAGUAAUUUGGAGUGUACCCACUCCGGCCUACCCAGAACCCCAAGUUACGGCCAACGUAUAUUUUUACGUUGUAGCGAGCCGCGUUUAUCCACCGCUCUAUCCCGUUGAUGUCACGUACAUCUUCGAAGGGCAUCAACUUGCCCACACGUUGAACAUGAUAUUCAGACCCAAAUGGCUUUACGAUAUCUUCGAUAUGAAGACGAUGAUGUGCAAGACUUUUGAUUUUUAAUAAGUCCUUUACCAUAGCUAUUUAAUAAAGAAAGCUAGCACGCGUCGUUCCGAUUACACAAAGCGUUUCGGUAAAAGUAAACAGUAACGAGGCAUAUGCAAAGUGUCGUAAAGGGUGUCGUGUUCGCGCCUGCUGCGCGCUGGUUCACUGCCAGACGUGUAUUUACUUCAAUUGGUCAAGCAGCAGGUGACAACUGCAAAGAAACGGCUGCUAGUUUCACUUUCGCUCGUAAUCAUUAACUCGGUCCCAUUUAAAUGUUUCUAAAUCCCAUAAAUAAAUUAUAAUACAAAUCCCUUAGCUAGUAUAUUUUCAAUAUUCUGAAUAGUUUCACGCAUUACAUUUAAAAAAUGAGGCCAGAGCCUCCCGCGUGGUGCACUUGUUCGAAAUCUAUUUAAAUGUACCACCGACCGCACCGAGGAGGUGUAAACCGUGCGUUGGUCUUUCAAACGGUUUUUUUCCCUGUUCGGUUUCGGCGAUACACCGCGAUGAAGACAAUCUGAAAACCUGAGUGGGAUUUCAUCUCAUUCUGGUGCACAUGGUGGUCGGGUGACACCGGGAGGUCUUCUCGGCAGGAGCCUUCGAGUAUCGACAACCACGUGUCGAGCAUAUCUACUUUUACUCGCGUACGCCUUUUUUUCAAAAUUUGCCAACAAUAUUUUUACACAUGUUUCUAUUAUAAAAACUACGGUUCAUUAAUUUUCAAUGAUGUAUUCAUUAUGAACGAGGUUUGUACGAGUAGUCUUUUUCUAAUGGAAUGCGGAUUAUUCCCGUUGUGAGGGUUCUAGUUUCUUUGACCUGUUACAGAUUUUUUGGCUCGCCAGACGCAAGUAGAAAUCGCCGCAUCAAGUGCAGGCUUUUUACAGUUCGUUUAUCUUCGCAUUUACAAAUUCGUUAAAACCACUGUCCACGGUUAAAUAAUAAUUAUAAUGUAUCGCAAUGCCGAAAUAAAAGAA